GCCUGUACCAGGCAGUUGAUGCGGGCAGCCCUAGCGUAUCAUUGCUCCACUCACUUAGCGAACCGGCUAGUCAGCAACAGGAGAUCGGCUGCUGCCAAAUGGGGCAUUUAAAACACAGAUAAGCCGAUUAAUAUACCCCUUUCACCCGGUUUAUUUUGAGUGGCCUGAGAGUUUGUGGCCAUGGGUGACACCGAGCUGGAGCUGUCCCCUGCCCUGCUAGAAGAGCUGCAGAAGAGCCCGUCAGCCUCUUCCACCACCUCCUCAACCUCCUCUCUGUCCCUACCCUCUUCUCCAUCGUCUGGCCCUCAUCCCCUAACCAGCUCCAGCCCGAGCACCAGCGAAGGCCUGUCCACUUCCAGCCCCCCUCUAGACGUCAUAUCCGAGGGCGUGGGUGAACUCAGCCUGGUGAUUGAUACCGAGGUGGCUCAGAAAGCCUGCCAUGAGGUUCUCCAAAAGGUGAAGCUCUUGAAGGGCGACGGAGAUGUACCUCCAGGGGAAGCAGAGCCCGGUCUGCCAAACGGUACCGUGCACCACGAGGCCACAGAUGUAGGCGGAGGAAAGCCUCAAAAGAUCAGAGAGGAGGUGGCGGAGCCCCUAAAGAGCGUACGGCGGCGUCAGAAGAACAACUCAUCCAAGCAGUCCUGGCUCCUGCGGCUAUUUGAGUCUAAGUUGUUCGAUGUCUCCAUGGCGAUCUCUUAUCUUUACAACUCUAAGGAGCCCGGUGUCCAAGCUUAUAUAGGCAAUCGACUGUUUAGUUUCCGAAACGAAGACGUGGAUUUUUACUUGCCCCAGUUGCUCAAUAUGUACAUUCACAUGGACGAGGACGUGGGCGACGCCAUCAAACCCUACGUGGUUCACCGCUGUCGGCAAAGCAUCAACUUCUCCCUGCAGUGCGCCUGGCUGCUGGGGGCCUACUCUUCUGACAUGCACAUCUCCACGCAGCGUUACUCUCGCGGCACGAAGCUGCGUAAACUCAUCCUGUCAGACGAGCUCAAGCCCUCCAGCCAGCGUGUCCGCAGGGAGAUUCCGCAGCCACCCCUCUCCUGCCCUCCUCCCCUUCAGCAUGGUCAGGGCAUGAGCGAACACAGCCUCUCGCCCUCCAAACGCACGCACCAGCGCUCGAAAUCCGACGCCACCGUCAGUAUCAGCCUCAGCAGCAAUCUGAAGAGAACCGCCAGCAACCCCAAAGUAGAGAGCAGUCAAGAUGAGGAUUUGAGCUCCAGCUCCGACAGUCUCGAGCUAGAGGCUGGUACACCAGUGCGUCUGACUCCCCAGAGAGAGUUUAUUAAGUCUCUGAUGGGCAUCGGCAAAAGACUGGCCACUCUGCCCACUAAAGAACAGAAGACUCAGAGGCUGAUCUCAGAACUGUCCCUGCUCAACCACAAGCUGCCUGCGCGGGUCUGGCUGCCCACGGCUGCUUUCGACCACCACGUGGUGCGCGUGCCUCACACGCAGGCCGUCGUGCUCAACUCGAAGGAUAAAGCACCUUAUUUAAUCUAUGUAGAAGUUCUGGAAUGUGAAAACUUUGAGACGUCAAGCGUGCCGGUCCGGAUUCCAGAAACAAGGAUCCGCAGCACACGCUCCGUAGAGAACCUCCCGGAUUGCGGCAUCACGCCCGACCAGCGUGCCAGCAGCUUUUCAACGGUUCCCAAUUAUGACAACGACGACGAAGCGUGGUCUGUAGACGACAUCGGAGAGCUGCAGGUGGAGCUUCCUGAGAUCCACACCAACAGUUGUGACAACAUCUCCCAGUUCUCAGUAGAUAGCAUCACGAGCCAGGAGAGCAAGGAACCUAUUUUUAUUGCAGCUGGAGACAUCAGACGACGUCUGUCGGAGCAGCUGGCCCACACACCCACCACUUUCAAGAGGGACCCCGAAGAUCCCUCAGCUGUAGCUCUAAAGGAACCGUGGCAGGAGAAAGUGACACGAAUCCGAGAGGGCUCUCCCUACGGGCACCUGCCCAGCUGGCGUCUUCUUUCUGUUAUUGUGAAAUGUGGCGAUGACCUGAGACAGGAGCUGCUUGCCUACCAAGUGCUAAAACAACUGCAGAUUAUCUGGGAGCAAGAGCGGGUUCCUCUUUGGAUCAAGCCCUAUAAGAUCCUGGUCAUCUCUUCAGACAGCGGCAUGAUUGAGCCGGUUGUCAACGCGGUGUCCAUUCACCAGGUGAAGAAACAGAGCCAGCUGUUGAUGCUGGACUACUUCCUGCAAGAGCACGGCAACUACACUACAGAGGCCUUUCUGACCGCACAGCGCAACUUCGUCCAGAGCUGUGCAGGCUACUGCCUCAUCUGCUACCUUCUGCAGGUUAAGGACAGGCACAAUGGAAAUAUCCUUCUGGACUCGGAGGGCCACAUCAUUCACAUCGACUUUGGUUUCAUCCUCUCCAGCUCACCACGAAACUUGGGCUUUGAGACGUCUGCCUUCAAACUCACCAGUGAAUUUGUCGAUGUGAUGGGAGGUCUGGAUGGAGACAUGUUCAACUAUUACAAGAUGCUAAUGCUCCAAGGACUCAUCGCUGCACGCAAGCACAUGGAGAAGGUCAUCCAGAUUGUAGAAAUCAUGCAGCAAGGUUCUCAGCUCCCAUGCUUUCACGGCUCCAGCACCAUACGUUACCUGAAGGAGAGAUUCCACAUGAACCUGACGGAGGAACAGCUGCAGGUUUUGGUGGAACAGAUGGUGGACGGGUCCAUGCGCUCCAUCACGACCAAGCUGUACGACGGAUUCCAAUAUCUCACAAAUGGCAUCAUGUGAGCGGAGGGUGCACGUGGACUAGAACGCUAGAACUGGAAAAAGGCUGCACCGUUUUGAAAAACCACUCCCGUUUCCCAUAACCACACCUGCUUGUCUGCCUGAUUAUUUUUCGUUAUGGAUUUCUUUUUACUCUGAAGAGGUUUUGUGACGUAACUGUCCUCUUUUCUCAACAGGAUAUCUGGUUUAAACUCUGUCUUCUUGCAUUUCCCUGGAUGUCCCUUCAGAGCUAUUUUAGCCAGUUUUUCAGUGCCUCAUUUAAACACUAGACUAGGCUGCUGUGUCACGAUCUGGUUUGACUCGCACAUGUGUACAGAUUUUACUAUCCCAUAUUAACAUCUGCAGUUUCUUUUUUGCUAUACCACUAAUGCUUUUUAUCCUUGAUUGAUGGAAAUUACUGGACAACAUUCGGAUUUUAACACGCAUAUCUGCAAUGUGUAGUCCUUGCUGGGGUGGAAAACAGGAGAUGCUGUAUGUAAGCGUGUAAAUUGCCUGUAAAAUGAGAGAACGGGGUGGUUAACAUUGCUGCUUUGUCCAGCUAUGUGAAGUCAGUGUUACAUUAAAUGUUUUCUAAGAGAACUUCAGCUCUCUGUCUUAGUCAGCGCUGCCGAAUGAAGAAAGCCAUCAAGCCAUCAAACUUUUACUUCAAAAGCCCUUGUGCAGCAAUGGGUUGAAUAAAGCUUUUGGAUGUUGUAAACUUUAAAACACCAAAGACACUGACCAGUGAUAUACUCUCAUCCAAUUGGUUACUGGUUUAACUGAAAAAAACUGAAAUAAAAUUAUGACUGGUCUGUUUUUUUUACUAUGGUAAAAAAGGAUAGGAUGAGUUUCCAAAGGUGGAUGCUGUUUCAAAGGUUGCAGACUAAAAUAUGAACUCGGCAACUUUGAGACAAAAACACUAUUUAUUGCCCAUUUACAAAUAUUUCAUGCUUACAUGGCAUUUGUGAAAUACACGAUAGUGUCCGGAAUUCAGUUUGUUGUUCUGUUUGGCAGAAGUUAUAAUCCAAGUGCUCAUUUGUACAGCUUACCUGAAUUUAUAAUGGCCAUUUUCUCAUCUGAUCUCUGGCUACCUGAGGUGGGUCAGCCAUCUUUAAAUGUAAAUUGACUGAGCCACUGGAGUUUUUUAUUAUUUUUAAUAAAUGUGAGAGGAGUUUAGAAGCUGUUGCACAGGGUUUGAUGGAGAACUGAUUGCUGCUCAUAUUUUAGCAGAAGUGUAAGGGCUAUGAAAAAGGGGGGAUGACAUACCCAUUAAGUCUUUGUUUUAAUUCCUUUACAUGUACAGGUCUAAAGUUCCCGGCCUAGUUUUUCAUUCUUUUAUUUUCAUUGAAAUUUGUGAGGGUUCGCCCUUUCUUAUGCCUCUGUGACACCUGUACUAUUUAUCUGUUUCUUAUCUAUUUUAAUUCAUCUCCCAGUGAAAGACACAAAUUCCUUUUAGAUGUGUAUGUUUUCAACAGCUUUUUCUUGACUGUUUUAUACUUCUGUUGUUUCGACGUUCAAUUCUUUCUUUCCUUUGAAACUUGUCAAACGGACCAGCUCUUAAGAUCAUGUGAAUAACCUUUGUGAAUGUUCCUUUGUAUAAUAAAUUAAAUGUACCUAU